AUGUCUUCAAAUAAUGACGCUACUGGGUCUAGGACGACUUUGCCUACAAAAUCUGUACAACAGGAAAAGGUAGCUUCUGAACUUGAAAACAUCUCCAGUAGUUCUGAAACCAGCAGUUCUGAGGAAAGUGAUAGCAGUGAUGACGAAAUAGUGUUACAUAGACCGGUAUUCUUAAAUCGCAAGAGCAGUCGUAAAGGUGAUGAAGAAGAUACUAAAAAGUCUAAUGGAAACAAAAAAUUGAAGAUUGACGAUGGUACAUCAAAAGCAAAACUUUUGAAGGAAAGAGCAGAAGCAGCUAAUAGAUUACUUGAUACCCAAAACCGAAUGAAAUUAAUUGUGGAUUCAAAUUAUAGUACAGACCAAGAUAUUUUGAGAAGAACAUUGCUCUUGAAUGAUGAUGAUUCAAUUGACCCCGAAGGUGAAAAGGAACUUUGGAUCGUGAGACGUAAUGAGAGGAUUCAAAGGCAUAGAGAAAAGCUGAUAGCUAAACAACUAGAGUUAGAAGAAUAUGAGACAAAUAAGAUGCUAAACUCUAAAUGA